GUUGGCUCUAGCGUAGUAGUGAUAUGAUUGAAUAGUCGUAUCGAUCUGCUUGUGUGUUAAAACUGGAGGUGCUUUCAGCUUCUGAUUACUCUAACCAGGUUGGUUCAAGAGGAAACACGAUAUAACGAUACAAGACUCUUGGACCGAGAACUACCACAUGGCUCAAUAACACUACCGGAACUAAGACAUAGCCCUCAUUGAGUACGGUAUACACAUUAAAGGGACAUCGGAAAUUAUUGUUUGCAAGUAGAGUACUCCUUUAAGGAUUUUCAACAUUUUUGCAUCAUUUCACCCAGAGGAUAACGGAUUAGCGGAACGAGUAAAUGUGCAAGAGGAGGGUUGAUUGAGACGAAUGAUAGAUUGAGUCUUCAGAAUGAGGAUGACCCUCUGAAAUUCCUUACGUCAGAAUGUUGAUGUUCCAUCAGCUCGUUGCCUUGGUGACCUUGUUGGGUACAGUGAGAGGUCAAAGUGCCAGAGGGGGUCAAGAAACAAGCCAACUCCAAGGACCUGUCUUCAUUGGAGAACCCCCAAGUUAUGUCGCCUACGCAAACACCAAAGGGAUCAUGCUUUCAUGUACGGCAUUCGGACGACCCGCUCCAGCAAUGGACUGGACAAAUGAAGAAGGAGCACCUAUUGAUAGCAUCCCUGGAGUCUUAGAAAUUCUUCCCAACAAUUCCCUGCAUAUCCUUCCUUUCUCGAGUUCAAAGCUGUUAGCCAAUGUGCAUAGUACUAACUACCGAUGUACGGCCACUAACAGUGUUGGAACUGUCGUCUCUAGGCGAGUCACUGUGCAAGCAGUCACGGUAGACCAACAUAAGGCGUACAGCGUACGUGUUAAUGACGUAUGGGUGACGAUAGGUGACACUGCUGUAUUCAAGUGUUCCAUAAACCCGUACUUUGUCAGGCCUUACGUCACUGUCACUACGUGGAGUCAGGGAGAUAAACCCAUCUCAGCCGGAGGCAGAUUUAGCAUUUUGCAAUCUGGUCAACUUCACGUACGUGACGUUCGUAUAGAAGACAGUUACAUGCCGUACAAGUGCGUCACUGAGAAUAGCCUUACGGGAGACUCAAAGACGAGCGACCCCGCCUUCCUUAGAGUACUAGAACAAACUGUCAACUCGGCACCAAGCAUCGACGAGAAAGUGUUUAGUAUUACAGUGGAACAAGGUGAAACCGCCGAGCUCCCAUGCGUGGCCAGUGGUCACCCCACGCCCGUCUACACUUGGCAGAAAGGCGACAUGAGGAUUGUGCUGGACCAUAACCGCGUUACUCAGAUGGGUGGGAACUUGGUGAUCAGAAACACGGGUAUUAGGGACAGCGGAGAGUAUACUUGCAGCGCUUCUAAUAGAUAUGGAAUGAAGACUGUCACGACGACGCUGACAAUAACAUCUGCGUUAUCAGCAUUCAUUCAGCCCCAGAGACAGGUCGUUGAUGUUGACAAACCUGUGACGUUCAACUGUUCUGUGUUCGGCCACCCAGUUAAUGCCAUCCACUGGUAUAAGGACGGGAGACGAUUGAGCCCAAAUGCCCAUUUCAAAUUCCCAUCCAAUGCGGCUAUGACUAUUACAGCAGUGAAGCGGGAGGAUAAAGGGAUGUAUCAAUGCAUGCCUAGCAAUGACAACGAUAACGCCCAGGGUUCCACACAACUUGUAUUGGGAGUUGCAAAGCCUAUUAUACACUAUUGGUUUGAAGACAAAUAUGUCCAACCAGGACCAUCUGUGUCUCUCAAGUGCGUAACGUCUGGGAAUCCAACUCCCAUCGUUAUCUGGACUCUUGAUGACGGUCCCCUCCCACAAGAUCCACGUCUACGUGUGUCCUCUUACGUCAACCCCAAGGGUGACGUCAUCAGUCACGUGAAUAUAAGCAAGGUGGAGGUGUCGGACGGCGGACAGUACAAAUGCUCGGCUACAAAUAGCGUUGGACAGGCUAUGAGAGUCGGGAAACUCAACGUUUAUGGUGUUCCAUACAUACGUCCAAUGUCCAACAUCACAGCAGUUGCCAAUCGUCUUCUCAUCAUCACAUGUCACGCAUCUGGCUAUCCUAUAAAGAGCAUCUCUUGGCACAAAGGAGGGUCUCAACUUCCCAUCAACCACAGACAACAUGUGAGUAAAGAUGGUACAUUGACCAUACGUAGUGUGCAACGAGGGGAUGAUGAGGGCAAGUACACAUGCACUGUCAGUAACUCUAACAAUCAGGGGAUGAGCAGAAGUCUUUAUAUUAGUGUAAAAGUGCCUCCAAUGAUUGAUCCAUUCACCUUCCCUAAGAUCAAGCAAGGAGACCGUGUAUCAAGAUCUUGUGUUGUCAGCAGAGGAGACCUGCCUAUCACCAUUGAAUGGUACAAAGAUGACCAAGCAAUCCCAGCAGACUUAGGGAUAACAGUGAUGAAAACUGACAUAUAUUCAAGUACACUUUCAAUUGGUGAUGCAAGCCCUAGACAUAAUGGCAACUAUACAUGUGUAGCUAGUAACAAAGCAGCCUCUACAAACUACACUUCAGAGCUGCAUGUUGAUGUUCCACCUCGAUGGGUUCGUGAGCCUCAAGACUCAUAUGUAGUGCUCCACAAUAGCAUCAUCAUAGACUGUCAGACUGCUGGCACACCCCAGCCUACCAUCACAUGGAAGAAAGCCGCAAGCCAAGAUGCUGGCGAUUAUCUCGACCUGGAUACAACAAGUCCUUCUCAGGUUCGCCAGCUUAAAAAUGGUUCGCUGUCCAUAAAGAAUGCAGCAGAAAAGGAUCAUGGGAUAUAUCUUUGCCAUGCUAGUAAUGGAAUUGGGCAAGGCCUUAGUAAAGUCAUCACACUAAUUGUUCAUGUACCUGCCAGAUUCAGUGAACAGGCUAGUAACUACACUGUCUUAAAGGGCAAGAACGUGGACAUCAUGUGUGAUGCCAUCGGAGAUAAACCACUUUCCGUUGGCUGGAAUUUUAACGGCAACAACCUCAACUGGCAAGGCAACAAAAGAUUGAGGGUAACGUACACCAACCCACCCAGAGGUCGAGGGUCAUCGCUGUCUAUCACAAAUACACAGAGAUCAGAUUCUGGAUUAUACAUGUGUCUCACUAAGAAUAAGUUUGGAAUGGAUGAAAUGGUCAUCAAACUCACCAUUUUAGAAAAAGCUGAACCACCAAAGAAUUUCCAUAUUGAGAAGACGUCUAGUCGUAGCGUAGAAGUGGCAUGGCUAGAGCCGUACAAUGGCAACUCUCCCAUCACAAGCUAUAUUAUCCAGUAUAAGAAUGCAUCAGCAGUCUGGCAAGGUAAAAUCAGUAACGUCACAGUGGACUCGAGCACAUAUCAGACCAGAAUCUGGAACCUGCAUCCUGCGUUUACAUACCAUGUCCGUGUAAUGGCAAAUAACUCGAUAGGCAUAAGUGAACCAAGUAAGCAGAUAACAAUUAUGACGAGUGAGGAAGCCCCGUCGGGACCCCCAGAGUCAAUUCAGGUCACCGCCACUGGAUCCCAAUCAAUGAAGGUCAGCUGGAGACCCCCUGCAGCUUCUAACCGCAACGGAAAAAUUGUUGGUUAUUAUAUCGGGUACAAAAGAUUCAACAGCUCAGAGCCUUAUAUGUACAUCACCCAGGACUUAAAGGUUGAUGAUAAACUAGAGUACACUAUAUUGAACCUAGAGAAGUUCACCAAGUACACUGUUCAUGUCCAAGCCUACAACACCAAAGGAGCUGGGCCCAGGUCGAAGGAGUACACUGUAUUAACACUUGAAGAUGUUCCCAGUCAGCCACCACAAGGUGUUCAAGCUACUCCACUUAGCUCGCAAAGCAUCAUGGUCCUGUGGUCACCUCCUCCUUUAUUCACCCUCCAUGGGAUCCUGCAGGGUUAUAAAGUUCUCUAUAAGACUGUUCGACACGAUGAAGAUGAGAGUGACGCGAACAUGAUUAUUUCGACAAAAUUGACGGCUGCUCUUUAUGGAUUACAAAAGUUCACGAACUAUAGUAUUGAGGUACUGGCAUUUACACGCAGAGGUGAAGGUGUGAGGAGCAACCCCAUCUAUGUUGUCACUCACCAGGACUUACCUGAAAGACCAGCAGACAUCAAAGCUCUGGCAUCAUCAGAAAACACAAUCCUCGUUACUUGGAAACCACCUCUUCACCCAAAUGGCGUCAUCCAGAACUAUUUUCUUUAUAUGAAGUACAUCGAAGGGAACAAGAUGACUGAGAAGCGUAUGAAGCUUCCUCCACACCAGACAAGCUUCCAGGGUAAUGAUUUAGAGCGCCAGAAAGAGUACACAUAUUGGGUGUCUGCAAGUACGGCUAUUGGAGAAGGUGAGGCCACUAGACCAGUGACUGCCUCCCCAAUAGAUAGCGUUGCAGCAAGGAUUGCCAGUUUCUCUAAAGUUGUUAUAUCGCCGUGGAAACAAUCAGUGAUGCUACCUUGCCAGGCUGUGGGUGAUCCAACACCGGAGUUAGCUUGGUCUAAACGUGGAGCUCCACUUCCCGACACAGAACGCAUCAAAGUAUUCAACAAUGGCUCCCUCUAUUUUGAAACUGUCGAGACAGGAGAUGCAGCUAACUAUAGUUGCAAGGCGCAUAACAUCCACGGAGCAGAUGCCAUUAAUGUCAUGCUACUUGUGCAAGCUCCCCCAAGAAAACCCAUCCUAACUGUUGCCGUGACAACCGUAUCAACAAUCCAAGUGAAUUGGAAAUCGGGAAGCAACGGAGGUUCCCCAAUCCAAGGUUUUGUCUUGGAGUACAAGAAAGAGCAUGAUAUGUGGAAGAAUGUUGAACAGGGUGCCGGAGAGCGAAGUUUUACUGCCGAAAAGUUGGAAUGUGGAACAACGUACAAGUUCCGUAUAAGGGCAUUUAAUAAAAUUGGCACUGGGCCUCAUAGUGAGAUUGUUACUGUCAAAACAAAUGGAUCAGUGCCCAUCAUGCCACCACAGAGCAUGCUGUUACAGGAGAUCAACACAACAUUUGUAGUUCUGGCACUGAAGACAUGGCUAAGUGGGGGUUGUAUUGUACAAUAUUACAACAUUGAAUAUCAGGUGUGGGGAGAUAAACAAUGGACUACAGUAGCCUCAAGGGUUGACCCUCACAGGGCAUCAUAUGUCGUUGAGGACCUUCACCCAGCCACAUGGUACCUUAUGAAGGUGACUGCCUACAAUGAUGCUGGAUCUACAGACUCAACUUUGAAGUUUGCUACUUUAACAUACCAUGGGAGCACCAUCACUCCCAUUAUGAUUAUGCACAAACAAUCUGCCCAAUUCUACGAGAAGUUCUAUAUCAUGGUACCAUUGGUUGGGAGCAUCGUCAUAGCAACUGUGGUACUAGUUUGGGUGGUACUGUACUGUAGACGUAGAAAGCAGGCACUAAAGUAUCAGGAUAAAUAUAUGGAUAUAAAAUCAAACUUACGUCGAGAUCUGACUGCAGAGACAUCGCUAAUGAAUGACCUUGAUAAGCAGCUGAAUAGCGAACUAACCGCAUCAGGUGAUCUUACGUAUAGUCCCGAGCCUGGACUGCCACGUAACGUCAAUCUAUUGGUGGAGACUGGUGAUGAUAACGAUGCAUCAUCAUCUUAUUAUCAAGAUACAAAUACUAGCAAUGGACAAGUUCAAGUGUCAGAUGACGACAUCAACCCAUACGCCACAUUCCAGUUUCCAGCACAUCUCCAGCCAGCUCCAGUUGCUAACAAACGUGUCUUAAAAACAUUCAGCCCGAGACAGUCCUCACUUCCUGUUCCACCCCCAGAGGAAGUAGAUGAAAUUGCUGUGGAGAAAAAGGCAGCACAGCGUGAGGCUGCUAUCCCACACAUUCCUCCCCCACCCCCAGAGCCUGUCCCCAAGGAGCCGCAAAAACAAAACCCCACUCUUCAGAGAAAUCAGAAUCAGUAUGUCAGUCCGGGGAUUAUUCUAAGUCCGCGCAAAUAUGCUAGCGCUGAUCAGAUUCAGGAACUGUACACGGGGAAAUCUCAACCAAUACCUGUACUUCCCAAACCAAAACAAUAUCAACAGCAUUACUCUCGCUCCGCCACCCCUAGGUCCAACACCCCCAGGGUAGGUGACCCCCGGGCAGGUACCCCUCACCAGGGGAUGGGACAUUCCCAAUCCCGACAUUCUCAAGUCUCCAGCGUAUCAACAGUAUCAUCCAAUCGUGACGAACUUCUACAAGCAUAUGAAAAUGCCGCAAAGGCUCCAAACUCUGUCUCCCCAUUGGUCGACCUUGAGAAUAAGGACUCUAGCUCUCAAAAAACGGACAGUUCUGAGACAACUGAGCCUGGGAUUUGCCAGUUCACCAACUCCCCUCCCUGCCCAGAGGAACAGAGAGAGUCAGUGUGUGAAGUACCUAACUAUCCCCACUAUUAUGAUCUCAAACCUAAAAAAUAUGAACCUGUGAUAGAGCGCAGCACUAGUGAUGUUACUGAGAGUGACACCUAUGAACAGUCACAGAGAGUGCCCCCAAGGAGGAUGAAAGGACGCCAGAAAACGAAACAGCGGGGGCAGGUUUUGAAUAAAAAGGCAGCAAAAUACUGUGCCCCUCAAGUACCAGGCUGUGAGAGCACGAGUAGCAACAGCACCAAUGGAGAUGAGGUCACCAUGGUAUUUGAUGGUCACCAUGACAACCACCUAGCAACAACAGCAGAUGAAAGCCACUAUUCCAACAGUGCCAAAAAGAGAGAGCGCCCAGUGAAUAGGAAGGUGGGGAAAUAUGACAGUAGUCCUGAUACCCCAGGCACAGAUGAGCAGCGCCCUCUGGUGUCAGCAGCAGCCAAGACAGGCAAAAAAGAUGAAGAUAUUAGUUUACUAGAUAGGUAUUAUCGCACCAUAGAAAAGGGGCGGAGCGCACCAGCAUUAAGGACUCCUUCCAGUAGCAACGAACUAGAUGUUGAGAGUGAGCGGGACUACACAGACAAUUACACCAUAGUGUAGCACCACCUUAACCUAGAAUGACUUAAACUACUUAAUAUUUAAGUAAGACUUAAUGUGAUGUGUAAUAUCUCAGCUAAUUAGG